GCAGGAGCUCGUUGAUUGGGAUUCAGAUACAGUUGAAACAAGCACAAAAUGGCAUACAGAAGGGAUGAAAUGUGGUCUGAUGAGCGCUAUGAAUAUGAAAGACUUCCACGAGAGCGACUUCCUCCACGUCCUGAUGAUGACUACCCUCGAGUAGUCAGCUUUGGACCCAAGAAAGCACCAGUUCUAGAGAGAGCUGUGGAAGGAAGCUACAGUAGAUAUGAAUAUAGUCAUGCUCAUGUUGGCUACCGAGAGUAUGAAGAAGGUCGUGGUUUUGCCCAUGAAAGAAGAAGUGGCCCACCACAUAGAAGUGAUGAUCCAGAGUACAGAUGGCCGAGAGAUGACCAUCCUGCUAGCCGUCAACCUGAUUACAGGGAUAUCCGAGGUGGCAUACGACGGAAAAACAUAUAUCCUCACUACGCAAGAGAGCGAUCUCCGCAUAAGAGGGAUUCUCCUUACUUCAGGGAAUCACCUGUCAGUCGAAGGGAUUCCCCUCACAGCAGAUCUGGCUCCAGUGUCAGUAGCAGAAGUUAUUCUCCAGACAGAAGUAAAGCUUAUGCUUUCCACCAGUCUCAGCAUGGCAGAAGCGUAUCAUCUUUACAUAAAAGAAAUAUUUCACAAGGUAAGGAAAGAACUUCUUCUCAGCCUCUGAAAACAUCAAGAGAUGUAUCCCCCUCAGGAACCACAGCAGCAGCACCUUCUAAGGCCUUGGACAAAAGCAGCAGGUUAUCAGAAAAGGAACUUGUAGAGGCUGCGAGUAGGUGGGCUGCUGAAAAAGCAGAGAAAGCAGACACAAGCAAUUUGCCUGAAAUUUCAGAGUAUGAUGCAGGAUCCUCAGAACCAUUAUAUGUUGAACAACGCGAAGAAACCAGUGCCAAUAUAACUGACAGUAAUGAAUUGUUCGAAGAUAGCCAACAUGUUAGUCGUUCAAAGGCAAUUGCUGCAAAGACAAAAGAGAUUGAACAAGUCUACAGGCAAGAUUGUGAAACAUUUGGCCUUGUAGUGAAGAUGCUGAUUGAUAAAGACCCUUCAUUAGAAAAACCCAUCCAGUUUUCCUUGAGGCAAAACUUGCAUGAGAUUGGUGAGAGGUGUAUUGAUGAACUUAAACACUUCAUUGCAGAUUAUGAUUCAAACAGUCAAGAAUUUGAAGAACAGUAAAAUCAAGUCUGGAUUGUUGAUAUUUUGUAAAUACUAUUUGUUUAAAGGUAACAAAUGUUCAUGACUUCACAACAUCUACAGCAGAACUUUCCUUUUGGUCAAAGUUAAUAUAAUCCCUUUGCCAAGGUGCAACCAAUUCAUUAUUCACUUUUGUAUCUCAGUCUGAUUUUGUAAAUUGGAAAUAAAUAGGAGUGGGUCAUAUGAUUGGAACAGGAGUUCCUUCUGUAGUUUCUGCCCCUUUCCCCAAGGUAAAGGACCUUCAGGAAUGCAGUGGGGUGUGUUAUAGAAGAGCUACAGCUAAGUGGAAAUCUGUGGAAAAUAGGAACCUCCUCCCCUUUGUUGGAAGCAAAUGUGCCUUUUUGACCAAGAAGCCCUUUGGUUCCAUCCCAUCAUAUUUAAGCAGUAUUGAAUAUGUAACUUUGAUAUGGUGUUCCUUUUAAACAUGCUUUAAGUGUCAUUCCCCAAUUACUGAAACAGUGUAAUGACUGAAUACAGUCCUGGUGAGAGAGAAUGACAGUUCAGUAAUUUUUAUUACCACUGUCUGCAGAAAGUAAUUGUGCAAGUUUAUGUAUUAUAUGUAUAUUUUACCUGUGGAUGUCUUAAGCAGAAUACCUUUCCAAGUUGUGUUGUAACUUUGAGUAAACAAUUGUUGAAGAGUCUCAAUCUAGUUUUAUUUUAGUUACUGCUUUUUGUAAUUGAAAUGGCCUAUAAUUAAA